AUGGCAAUCAACUACCUCAUCCUGCUCUCACGGCAGGGCAAAGUGCGCCUGGCCAAGUGGUUCACCACCCUCUCGCCCAAAGAGAAGGCCAAGAUCGUCAAGGACGUCACCCAGCUCGUCCUCGCCCGUCGCACACGCAUGUGCAACUUUUUGGAGUACAAGAACACCAAAAUCGUAUACCGCCGCUACGCCUCCCUCUUCUUCAUCGCCGGCUGCUCCUCCGACGACAACGAGCUGAUCACUCUUGAGAUCAUCCAUCGCUACGUCGAGCAGAUGGACAAGUACUACGGCAACGUGUGCGAGCUCGACAUUAUUUUCUCCUUCACCAAGGCCUACUACAUUCUGGACGAGCUGUUGCUCGCCGGCGAGCUGCAGGAGAGCAGCAAAAAGAACGUCUUGCGGUGUAUCGGGCAGCAAGACUCACUUGAAGAUAUGGAGGUCGAGGAAGAAGUCACCAAGAUCAUGUAG